AUGGUAUUCGGAAUACCCGUACAAGAGCGCAUACAGCUCAACGAAGAGACCAUCUGGUCUGGUGGCCCUCGAGAUCGUGUGAACCAAAACGCGUCCCAGACGCUUUCGGAUGUAAGAGACUUGCUCGCACGAGAUCAGGCAGGCGAUGCGGAAAAGCUGGCGAAUCUGGGUAUGAUGGGCACGCCCCAAAGCGUUAGGAACUACCAACCGCUGGGAGAAAUGGAAGUCUACUUUGAUGGUACUAGCGACUACGACAAUACGACUUACGAACGAUGGCUUGAUCUCGAAACGGCAACGGCAGGGGUCAAAUUCAGUGUCAAUGAUACGCUAUACGAGCGCGAGAUGUUCGUGUCAACCCCAGACGACGUACUUGUACAUCAUCUACAAGUCACCGGACCUCAGAAACUCUCAUUCCAGAUCCGCGUACACAGACCACAGGACGGCUUGAACGAGGCAUCUGAUCAGGACUGGAACGCGAACGGAGUUGCAUACAUGACUGGAGGGACUGGCGGUGUUGAUCCCAUUAUCUUCACAUCCGCUUUGGCAGUCAAUACCGAUGGCAACAUGAAGACGCUUGGCGAAUUCAUCGUCGUCGACAAUGCCACAGAAGCAACGGCUUACUUUGCGGCUUCUACUUCGUACCGAUCCAACGACACGCGCAUGGCUGUGGACAGCACUAUCCAGCGGGCUCGUCAAUACACGUAUGCCGAGCUUCGUCAGCGCCACAUCGAAGAUUAUGCACCAUUGUAUAAUGCCAGCGUCCUGGAGUUCACCGGAUCAGACGCAAACGCUAGUAGCAUUCCAACGGACGCGCGCAUCAACGCAACCCGCGAAGGAGCUGUCGACCCAGGGCUAAGCGCUCUAGGAUACAACUAUGGCCGCUACCUGUUGAUCGCAUCGUCGCGCAUUGGUAAUUUACCGUCCAAUCUCCAAGGUAUCUGGAACAAAGAAUUCAUGCCGCAAUGGGGCUCGAAGUAUACCGUCAACAUCAACCUCCAGAUGAACUAUUGGCCGGCGGAAGUCACUAGUCUGUCGAGCUUGCACACACCUUUGUUUGAUCAUCUGGAUCUUAUGCGAAAGGACGGCAUGCGCACUUCCAAGAAGAUGUACAACGCCUCCGGAUGGAUGUCCCACCAUAACACCGAUCUAUGGGGUGAUACUGCGCCUGUGGAUCGCUAUCUUCCGGCUACUUACUGGACAUUGUCGUCUGGCUGGCUUGUUACCCAUAUACUCGAGCAUUACUGGUAUACAGGUGACAAGGACUUCUUAGCUUCCAGGCUGGAUAUCGUCGCCGGUGCUAUUGAGUUUUACUUGGAUACACUACAGCCAUACAGCAUCAAUGGGACGGAAUAUCUCGUCACCAAUCCUUCUGUGUCCCCAGAGAACAGUUACAUCGCGGCAGAUGGAAAGACGUACUAUUUCGACAUCGCGCCAACUUGCGAUAUCGAGAUCCUCAACGAGCUCUUCACAAACUACCUCCGGGCGGUCAACACUUUUGAUAACGGCACCGUCGGCUCGUCGUUCCUGCAACGAGUCCGAGACACUCAAGCGAAACUUCCGCCAUAUCGCUACUCAACGCGCUAUCCGGGCACGCUGCAGGAGUGGAUGCAGGACUACGAGCAAGCAGAACCAGGCCAUCGCCACGUGAGCCACUUAUACGCACUCUAUCCAGGCACGCAGAUCUUCCCACCAGGUGCGCCAGGCUACGACGCCAAGCUCUUCAACGCCGCGGCUGCUACACUCGCAGACCGUCUCUCUCAUAACGGCGCUGGGACGGGAUGGUCGCGCGCAUGGACGAUCAACUGGUACGCGCGCUUACAGAACAAGACAGCGCUGGCUGAGAAUGUUUAUCAGUUCUUCAACACCAGUGUGUACAAUAAUCUGAUGGAUGUUAAUGAGGGUGUGUUCCAGAUCGAUGGCAAUCUGGGCUUCGUGAGUGGUGUGGCAGAAGCGCUACUUCAGUCGCACAUCGUGGAUGAAGAGGGUGUACGGGAGGUAUGGCUUCUACCCGUGUUACCUGAGCAAUGGAGUUCGGGAAGUGUGUCUGGACUGGUGGCUAGAGGUGGCUUCGUAUUCGAUUUGGAAUGGGUAGAUGGCAGGAUUAGCAAGAUGAAGAUGAUGAGUCGGGUUGGUGGUAGUGUGGUGCUCAAGUAUGAUGCUGGGUCCGGAAACAGCACAGUAGCUGGAGAUGUUGUUACGGCUAGCGCUGGGGCGAUUCAGGCAGUACCUGGUGGUAAGAUGAGGUUGGAUACGAAGGCGGACCAGAUGAUGGACUUUGAGUUCACGUGGUGA